ACUUCAAAAAUACAAACGAAAAACAAAUCAAAACAACUCCGCACACAAUGGAUAAUUUCGAUUUACAAUUUUCGAAUGCGGAACUAUCAACCGCCAAUAUUGAAGAUUCAACCAUUGCCUAUUCCUCGCUGGAUGUUAACAAUGCCGAGGACACAAUGCCUCCAAUGGAUUAUGCAACUGAUAGCCACGAGGAGCAUAGCAUGGGAAGAGUUUAUGGUGUUUCGGGGCCCGUUGUGACAGCUGAGAAUAUGAUUGGAGCAGCCAUGUAUGAACUGGUGCGAGUUGGGCACACCCAUUUGGUGGGAGAAAUUAUACGACUUGAAGGUGAUAUGGCCACCGUGCAGGUUUAUGAAGACACCUCCGGGCUGGCGGUGGGAGAUCCUGUUGAACGCACGGGUAAACCUUUAUCUGUGGAGCUGGGUCCAGGCAUAAUGGGCAACAUUUUCGAUGGCAUACAACGCCCCUUGCGUUCCAUACACGAACUGACCCAGUCCAUUUAUAUACCCAAGGGUGUGGAUAUCAAGAGUUUGUCUCGAGAAAAGACCUGGGAUUUUGUGCCCUGUAAUAUGCGUGUGGGAUCAGUGGUUACGGGUGGAGACAUCAUUGGUUAUGUUGUGGAAAAUUCUCUGGUCACACAUCGCAUAAUGUUACAUCCCCGAGCCAAGGGGCGGGUAACGUUUGUGGCACCUGCCGGAAAUUAUACCAUUGUUGAUGAAAUUUUGGAAACGGAAUAUGAAGAUCGCAAGACACAACACAAGAUGUUGCAGGUGUGGCCUGUAAGACAUCCCCGUCCGGUCGCGGAGAAAUGGCCUUCGAAUUAUCCCCUAUUCACUGGUCAACGUGUGAUCGAUGCUCUGUUUCCCUCGGUGUUGGGUGGUACAACGGCCAUACCGGGGGCUUUUGGCUGUGGCAAAACUGUGAUAUCUCAAGCUCUGUCGAAGUACUCCAACUCGGAUGUUAUUAUCUAUGUGGGUUGUGGCGAACGAGGCAAUGAAAUGUCGGAGGUAUUGCGGGAUUUCCCGGAAUUGUCGGUGGAAAUCGAUGGUGUGACUGAGUCAAUAAUGCAAAGAACCGCUUUGGUGGCAAAUACCUCCAAUAUGCCAGUGGCUGCCCGAGAAGCCUCCAUUUAUACCGGCAUAACCUUGGCCGAAUAUUUCCGCGACAUGGGCUAUAAUGUUUCAAUGAUGGCUGAUUCCACUUCCCGUUGGGCUGAGGCAUUGCGUGAAAUUUCCGGCCGUCUAGCCGAAAUGCCAGCUGAUUCCGGCUAUCCCGCCUAUUUGGGCGCCAGAUUGGCCUCAUUCUAUGAAAGAGCAGGGAGAGUCAAAUGUCUAGGUAAUCCCAAACGUGAAGGAUCCGUAUCGAUUGUGGGUGCUGUUUCACCACCCGGUGGUGAUUUCUCCGAUCCCGUUACCUCUGCCACACUGGGUAUUGUUCAAGUCUUUUGGGGUCUGGAUAAAAAACUGGCUCAACGCAAACACUUUCCCUCAAUUAAUUGGUUAAUUUCCUAUUCGAAAUAUACACGUGCCCUGGAUCCAUAUUAUGAUAAGAAUUUUCCCGGCUUUGUUCCAUUACGUCAAAAGGCCAAGGAAAUAUUACAAGAGGAGGAAGAUCUUUCGGAAAUUGUACAACUGGUGGGUAGAGCUUCAUUGGCCGAAACGGAUAAGCUGACCUUGGAAGUGGCAAAAAUGCUCAAGGAUGAUUUUUUACAACAGAACUCCUAUUCAAGCUAUGAUCGUUUUUGUCCAUUCUAUAAGACUUUUGGAAUGUUGAAGAAUCUAAUUAAUUUCUAUGAAUUGGCCAAACAGUCACUGGAAACGUCCACGACGAAGGGGGAAAGGAAAGUCACUUGGAAUCAAAUACAAUCGAAUAUGUCUGGGCUACUUUAUCAAUUGCAAUCCAUGAAAUUUAUGGAUCCCUUAAAAGAUGGAGAAGAUAAAAUUUUGGAGGAAUAUGGAAUUCUAAACGAGUCUAUUGAAGUGGCCUUCAGUAAUUUGUGUGAGGGUGAUUAGAGAUCCAAUUUUGAGUAAAAUUUGUGUUUUUGGUUAUUAAAUAAAAAAAUUGUCCAACAAAUGAACUGAAUAA